UCUCUUUAGUUGGUUACAACUAAUUCGUAUCCAUUCCACUCCUGGCCGCAUCCGUGCCUUACCCAAUUCUCUCCUCCGCCUCAAUUUUCUUUACAAUAAUAUAAAAACCCUCCGCCAUUGAAGCUCCUAAUUAGAGCUUGCUUCUCGCGCCUGCCAAUGCCUCCAAAGCAACACUCUCUCUAUCUCUAGAACUUCACGCUCUCUCUCUCUCUCUCUCUCUCUCUAUCUAUCUAUCUGUCUGUGUUCGUAUAAAGAUUUGUUUAUGUGUAUGUGUUCUGCUCGGUUUUUGUGUUGGAAGAGAUCGAGCAUUUGGAGAUCUGUUCUUCUUGUCUGCGAAUAUGCGGGUCCUGGUUGGAGGUUUUGAGCGUCUGAGUACGUGAACUGUUCUCUCUCUAGAAGGAUUCGGAUCGAGCCAGGGAAUGGGAAGCAGAUGGAGGAAAGCGAAGCUUGCUCUGUCGUGCCUGCACGUCCCGAGAACGGACGACGACGCGCCGCCGUCGGCGGCGUCCGUCGGGAGGCUGUCCGACGUCGCUUUGCUCUCUCCGGCUGGAACCGGCUCUGAUUUUUCAAUGCCAACGACGCCGGUGCCGUCGUCCUCCGGCCUCCGGUUGCCCAAACACGGGAGCAAAUCAUCCAAGUGGACUUGCGCGAUAUGCCUGAACAACAUGAAACCAGGGCAGGGCCAUGCUAUUUUCACUGCAGAAUGCUCCCACUCCUUCCACUUCCAUUGCAUUACUUCUAAUGUAAAACAUGGAAACCAAAUUUGCCCCAUUUGCAGAGCAAAGUGGAAGGAGAUACCCUUCCAGAGCCCUUCUGAUCUUUCUCAUGGUAGGGCAAGAAUGAGCAAUGUUGACUGGCCCCGGAAUGAUAACCGGAGUACUAUGUUGAGAAGACUUCCUCCUCAUGCAGAUGCCAAUAGGCAUAUUUCAUCAUUAUUUCAUUCUCCUGAGCCCAGUGUUUUUGAUGAUGAUGAACGCGUCAAUCACCAACCUGGGAAUACUGAAAACGGUUCAUUCAAUAAAGAUGUUGCUGCCCAAACUAUUGGAGCAAUAGAGGUGAAAACAUACCCAGAGGUUUCUGCUGUUUCAGGAUCAACAUCUCAUGAUAACUUUGCCAUUCUAAUCCAUGUCAAAGCUCUUACAAGUAGAAAGCACUCUUGCGGAGUUAACGAGGCUAAUAUGUCACCAAUAUCUCAAUUUUCUCGCGCUCCAGUUGAUCUUGUUACAGUGCUCGAUGUGAGCGGUAGCAUGGCAGGUACCAAGCUUGCUUUGCUAAAACGAGCUAUGGGAUUUGUGAUACACCAUCUUGGCCCUUCUGACAGGCUUUCAGUUAUUGCCUUCUCCUCCUCUGCUCGUCGUCUCUUUCCUCUUCGUCGUAUGACUGAUGCUGGACGACAGGAAGCGUUGCAGGCAGUUAAUGCUCUGACAUCAAAUGGCGGCACAAACAUUGCGGAGGGACUGAAGAAGGGUGCCAAGGUGAUGACUGAUCGCAAGUGGAAGAAUCCAGUUGCAAGUAUCAUUCUGUUAUCUGACGGUCAGGAUACGUAUGCUGUCAGCAGCAGUCCUGGUGGGGGCCAUCCCCAAAUAGAUUACCAAGCUCUUCUUCCAUUAUCCAUUCAAUCCAAUGAAGGAACAGGCCUACGCAUUCCAGUGCAUGCCUUUGGUUUUGGUGCAGAUCAUGAUGCUGCUUCAAUGCACUCAAUCUCUGAAACUUCUGGAGGAACCUUUUCGUUCAUAGAAGCUGAAAGCGUAAUCCAGGAUGCUUUUGCACAGUGCAUUGGUGGGCUUCUGAGUGUGGUGGUGCAGGAACUGCAGGUUGUAGUUGAUUGUGUGCACCCAUGGCUAAAACUUGGUUCAGUAAAGUCUGGAAGUUACAAAACCAGAUUGCCACCUGAUUCAAGGCAGUGUUUUAUUGAUGCUGGAGACUUGUAUGCUGAAGAGGGGAGAGAUUUUCUGGUAACAGUUGACAUUCCAGUUGACGGCUCCAGCAAUGAGAUGCAACUGUUGAAGGUUAGAUGUACAUACAAAGAUCCCAUCACUAAAGAAUCCGUGACCUUGGAAGAAGUUGAUGUGCUGAAGAUUCAGCGGCCCGAAAUAACCAGGGAGUCAGUCAUAUCCGUGGAGGUAGACAGGCAGCGAAAUAGGCUUCGAGCAGCAGAGGCAAUGGCAGAAGCAAGAGCUGCUGCUGAACGAGGUGAUCUGGCUGGUGCCGUGUCUGUUCUUGCGCGUUGUACUGAAGUACUGUCAGAAACUUUGUCAGCGCAAGCUGGAGACCAGUUAUGCAAUGAUUUGGCUGCUGAGUUAAGGGAAAUGCAAGAAAGAAUGGCGAAUCGCCAGGUUUACGAGUCCUCUGGAAGGGCUUAUGUUCUAUCUGGAUUGAGCUCACAUUCAUGGCAGCGAGCAACUGCACGUGGUUAUUCCACGGACAGUUCAAGCCUUCUGCAAGUUUAUCAGACCCCAUCUAUGGUGGACAUGGUUACGCGAUCACAGACUAUGGUCUUUGGUAGUUCAUCACCUCAACCAUCAUCAGAUAGACCAGCUCGAUCUUUUCGGACACAACGUCAAACGUCAAGGUAAUAGCGUGCUUACCUUUGAAACUGCUCCUCAGAUUAUGACCAUUGGAUGAACUUCAAUUUCGGUUUGUGUCUCCAACUAUUUUGUUUAUUUUUCUGUGGUUUAGGGAAAGUGGGGCAUAAUUUAAACACAGGGCUAGAGGGGGGAUGGAGAGGGAUUUUGGUUGUUUACACGUGAGAGGGUAUAUUUCCUUGUUAAGCGAUGUACAUGAAUAAUUGGGGAAAGUGACUUCGCAAGAACAAGGUGCGGGAAGAAGGGAAAGUGGGGGUAUUUAGGGUUUACAAGUUCAAUUUUCAGGGUCUGUAUAUAAGGAGAAAAUGGUCUCUUUAUUAUCUCUUUUAGAAGAGGACUUGGGGGGGUAUAGCCUUGUAAUUGUGGGAGAGAUACUGCACUACUCAAAAUUUGGUAUAUCUGCUCUUUUGAUUCUUUUGACAAAAAGUCUUCCCGUGCAGUAUUCAUUUCUCUAAUUUUCUUCAUUGUUUGCGACCGGACAUUUACUGGGCUUCAUGUUUUUAGAUCGGUGCCUUAGUUUGGGCUCAAACCUAUAGUUGCCUGAUUCCAGGUGGGGAAAACGGAUGUGGAAACAGAAAAUGAAUGCAAUACUUAAUAAUUUACAUCCAAUUCUAUUUUUUAUUAAAUGAGUAAUUUAUAUUUAGUUUUAAAUAUUUUUUUC